AUGCUUAUCUUGACCGCUCUUUGAUUCUUCCAUGGCUGCUUCGAUUCGAAGCUCGGGAAAGAUGUUAAUUAGUUUGCAUGAUGGAGUUUAGGUGGUCUCUCCACCAAAAACGAGAUCUACCAGUCAACAACGUACUGUAGAGACUAGAGACAGGGAAGAUGGAGUUGGGUUCCAUGUGGGAUUAUGAAGAGAGCAUUGAUGAAUUGAAGCAGAAGCUUGUGUACACCACCAUUGAAUUAGAGUCACUGAAAGUUGAAGCAAAUGAAGAACUGAGAAAGCACAAGGAGGAUGUGGGGCGAUUAAUCAACAUGCUAAAGGUUGCUUCUCAAGAAAGAGAUGAGGCGAAAGGGCAACUGCAAAAUCUACUUAACAAGCUUAUCCUUUCUAAUACGACUGAAUUACUUCCCUUUCUCCCUCAAGCACAAUCAGGGAACCCUCUUGUAAUUCCAGCUAAAGGGAACUCGAGCAUUACUGAAUCUAACAGUCUAUCUGAUACACAUAAUCACCAAUCACAUGGCUCCUCUCCAGUGGAUUCCUUCUUCGAUGCAAUUGCUUCACCAGAUUUCUGUAGCACUAACAUGGAAGAAUCAAGUCACAUGGGGUUUGUGAGUAAUACCUUUGUUAAAGAGUAUAAUAAAGGCUCCAUAUCAGCAGGUUUAGAGGUUCCAGCAGUGCCCAGGGUCAAUCAGGCCGAUUCUGUAAUCGAAAACUUUGUGAAAGGAAAAGUGCUGCCUCAAGAAGGAAACCUGUUGCAGGCUGUAAUGGAAACAGGCCCUCUUCUUCAAACACUACUUCUUGCAGGCCCGCUUCCACGGUGGAGAAAUCCUCCUCCAUUGCAACCGUUCAAGAUUCUACCUGUUUCCACCAGUAAUCAGAAUGCAGCUGCAAAUGCAAGCUUUCUUGCUCAAAAACCGUUGGCUUCACCAUCUUCUAUUGAGUUGCGUCGUGGAUCUUCUACAACAUGCUCUUCUAUGUUAAAUUUCUCUAGUGGUGCUUCUGGUUCAGGUCUAGACAAUGGAUGCCUGUUAAAUUCUGGUGCUAUCCAUCAAAUCCCAGCAGGAAAGAGGCAGAGGUUUUAG